CAGUGCAGUGAUUUGUUUAUAAUUUUUUUGGAAUUAUUAGAAACCGCGAGUGCUUACGACUGUUUUAUUUUUAGAAUUUAUUGCAAUUUAAUUAAUUCCCUCGAUAAUCAGUUGUUGUGUAGCCAAUAAAGUGGUAUUUAUUAUUUUAAUUUACGAUAUCCUGAAUUUAUUUAGAUGUACCUUCAUAGUUUUUGUCUACGUGCUUAUUUUUGCGGGUACAGUCAGCCAUAAUAAUUAGUACUGCUUGACAAUCACCGAUCAUGUAUGUACUUUUAUUUACAUCAACUUUUGUGAAGUUUUGUAGUUGAAGUGAUGUGAAGUGUCGACACAGGGCGGGGGCGCCGCCCCAGUCGACCAUGGAGCGAGGCUACGAUAAGAGGCAUAGCAAACACCACAAGGACAAGCAUAAGAAGCGGGCUCAUAAAAAGCACAAGUCACACUCAGGUAGUUCGCAUGAUCCAUCUUAUGCUACAGUCAAUUCUCAUAAACCGCUUGUGGAAUAUUCUGAUGUUAGCUCAGAGGCAUUAUCAGCUCCUGAGGCUGGCGAGAUAGACAGUGAAACAAGCUCAAUCAGCAGGCAUAUCGCUGAUGACCUUGAUAGAACGAGGAAGUCCCAUUCCAUCCGUACAUUUGUAGAUAACAAGACAAUAUCAGUGACAACAACAAGUCGUCGAGCUGCUGAAGAAUAUGUUCUGCGGGAUGCGUCAGUGCCUAGGAAGAGACGUUCAGAGUAUGACGAACGUGAACCAGACUUUGCUGACCAUGGUAGUUUUAAGAAGAAAAAAGACAAGCGGAAAAAGGAUAAGAAAAAGAAGAAGAAGAAAUCAAAGAAUAGGUCUAGAUCAGCAAGCUUAGAGAGUGUAUCUCCAGAUGAUAUCAUUCCUGAGGAGCCUCCCAUGAGGCCAGUCACGCCACAGAGAUACCAGCAGGUGCCUGUGAGUGAAUGGGAGAAGGCAUCUUCUCCAUUGAGGAAUGGGGGCUCAUGUUCCCCUGUGUCUCCGUCGAUGACGCCGCUGAUGCGGCACGAGUCUCCACGACAUCGAGCCUUCCCGAGGGAGCCAUCAUUACAUCACAAUGCCAUGCCCUACUCGCCUCAUCGAGACAGAUCACCACCUCUCAGCCCCUCCUGGAUGCCGGUCCAUCAUAUUGCAAACUACUCUAUACAGAGUAAUUGUGAUUUAAGGAGACAGAAGUCCACGACGCCGCACACGCCGUCAGUUCCGCCGUACCACGAGACGGUGACCAUAGAUUCGGACACGGAGGAAUAUGACCGCGGCCGCCGAGACUACUGGCACGAACAACAUCGCUUGCAAUCACCUAUCAUGGUGUCAGGUAAUACGCAUUACUCUCCGGUCCACGAGGUGGUGCCACGCCCCCGCGACUACAGUCCGCGUCGCUCCCACCGACGCCGGAGUCCUCACCAUCGGAGGCGGACACGAUCCCGAGACCGGCACCGUGACAGGGACUUCAAAACUUCGCAUCGGUCGCAUAGCCGAAGCUCGCUGAAGCGGCGCCGUACUAGGUCGCGCAGCAGACGGCGUGGCUCCACGCAAUCUCCGCCGCGACACCGCGCCAAACAUAGGGAGCCGUCGCCCAGGGAACGACACAGGAUCAAGCAUGAGUCGCCGAGUCCCCCGACGAUGCUGCAGCGGAAGAUAGACUUCAAGGAGAAGAUCAGUGACACCAGUCUGUUUGCUGAACUAGUCAAGGACAAGCACAAGAGAGCUAAGAAACUGCAGGAGAUAUUAAAUCAGAAGGAAGAAGAGUCUCAGGGCGCAUUGUCAAAUACUACAUCUAUCAACAAUCCUGAGAUACUCACCAUUGAUGAACUCUCCAGCAAUACUUGUGAUAGUUCCACACAGCAAUCUAACAAAGAGAAUGGUGAGGCGACCCGUGAGGGCGGCGAUGUGGUGGACAUACCGAUGCCGGGCGCGGAAGAAAGCGCGUCCAACCCGGGCCCCGCGGCGCCGCCAGCGGCCGGGCCUGCACCCGCGGCCGCAGCCCCCGCGGCGGUGACGGCGCCUCUGAACCCGCCGCCCGAGUUCGCGUCGUUCGGGCGCCAGGAGCCGGCGCCGCACGCUGCGUCCAACGGGGACGCGCCGCCACCGCCGCCACCACCUCCGCCGCCUGUUGAACCUCCUUCUAGCGAGCCACAGAAAUCAAAGAGUCCAGCAGUGUCCCCGCCGCCGGUGCCCCCGCAGCCCCCGCUGCCCCGCGGCAGUGUAGUAGACGCGGCCUACUACCAGAACUCCCAGCCCGCUACACACAAACCCAAGAGUCUCACCAAGCUGCCUAUGCCGCCUAAUACACAGGUUGAGGACCUGAAGACAUUAGUGAAUGAGAGUCCACUAAGCACACCGUCUCCAUCUCCCGUCAAAAAACCAGAGAAACCGAAACGAACUGGCAUCAUGAACCUACCAAUGCCACCUGGCAUUACAGUGAUCCCUGGCUCGGAGGAGUUAUCGGGCGACGAACUGGACGGAGGCACUCCGCCGCCCGCGUCGCGCCGCGACCAGUACUCGCAUGUGUUUAGUAAUAGGAAACAUGCCAGGGAUAAUUCUGGUUCGAAGCUAAAGAGGCCACGUAUCUUGAAACGUCGCGGGUCCAAGGUGGUGCCUGUGGCGACGCCCACGCAUCACGCCAAGGACUGGGGAGAGAAGUGCGUCGAUGGCUUCCAGGUUAUCACCCAAAUUGGAGAAGGUACAUACGGGCAGGUGUAUAAAGCACGGGAUAAGAACACGGGCCAACUGGUGGCGCUGAAGAAAGUGCGGCUGGAGAACGAGAAGGAAGGGUUCCCCAUCACUGCGGUGCGGGAGAUCAAGAUAUUGCGCCAGCUCAACCAUAAGAACAUUGUCAACUUGCGGGAAAUUGUCACUGAUAAACAGGAUGCUAUGGACUUCAGGAAGGACAAAGGUUCAUUCUACUUAGUAUUUGAGUACAUGGACCAUGACUUGAUGGGUCUGCUGGAAUCUAAGAUGGUGGACUUCACGGAGUCUCACAACGCGUCGAUAAUGCGCCAGCUACUGGACGGGCUGGCUUACUGUCAUAGGAAGAACUUCCUGCAUCGGGACAUCAAGUGCAGUAAUAUACUGAUGAACAAUAAGGGCGAGGUGAAGCUAGGCGACUUUGGUCUGGCGCGGCUAUGGUCCGCGGAGGAUCGAGCGCGGCCGUACACCAACAAGGUGAUCACGCUCUGGUACCGGCCGCCCGAACUAUUACUGGGGGAGGAGAGAUAUGGACCGGCCGUCGAUGUAUGGUCCAUGGGGUGUAUACUCGGGGAACUAUUCCUCAAACACCCACUCUUCCAGGCCAACAUGGAGAUGAUGCAGCUGGAGAUGAUCUCCCGCGUGUGCGGGACGCCGGUGCCGGGCGUGUGGCCCAACGUGGUGAACCUGCCCCUGUGGCACACGCUGCGCCCCAAGAAGUUCCACAAGCGCUGCGUCAGGGAACACUUCGCCUUCAUGCCGCCGCAGGCUCUGACGCUGCUCGACCGAAUGCUGGAGCUGGACCCCGACAAGAGGAUCACCGCCGAGGAUGCUCUGAAAAGCCCCUGGUUGAAGAAUGUGGUGCCAGAGCAGAUGCCUGCGCCUGAGCUUCCGACGUGGCAGGACUGCCACGAGCUGUGGUCGAAGCAGCGCCGGCGCCAGCAAAGGGAACAGGACCACACGCAGGGCAAGAAGCCUUGCGGGUACGGCGACGACCAACCCAAAAAUGACAACCAAGACUACAAAAGUGAGCCUUACAAAUCUGAAAGUGGUUUCAAGCCCACCGAGCCCGCGCAAGAGGCUGUGGGACAAGUGAAAUAGUAUAGACUACAUUGUAAAAGAUACUUUCGCAAAAGAAAGAAACGGUGCUUAUAUUAGACCAAUUGACUAUGUGAUCUAGUUUAACUUGUUGCCUGUGGAGUGUCGUGACGAUGUGUGGGUUCCGUGCGAGUGCGGUAAUGUGCCUAGUCUAAUGUUUAGCUUCAAUCUCAUGUACGAUUAGCUCGUAAGGUGAAGGCUGUGUUCUUCAAGAAACUUUAGCACUAUGCUAUGCUUCUUGCACAAUUUACGAAUAUUCAGUACAAAAUUUAACAACCGAAUCUGAUCUGCUAAUGUGGGAUUCAGAGAGGUUUCGUCUGAAUAAACUUUAUUAGUAAGUUCUUAGUAAAGUGAAUCUUAUCAAAAUUGAAUUUCGCAAAGUUUGUAAAGGUGCGGAACCCUGUGUAGCAAUUUAAUUUAUUGCGUUGUAUGUAACGCGUACCAAAACGUAUGAUAUAUUGUAGUAACCAAAGUAUCGCAUAGCGCUAGUUACCCUCGGACGGAUGUCAGGCGUCCUGUGCAUAUGUAUGUAAAUAAUGUAAACUAGAAUAAUUUUAAAUAAGAACAGUUAAUUUUAUUUCAAUUUUAGCGAAAUAACUUGUUUUAUUUUUGUUAAGAAUCCUUGAGAGUGUAGCAAUACUGUUUGACGGUUGGCAACACUAUUUUACUUCCAUGAUUAUGAAGCUGGUAACUCACAGUUCCCUGCCAAGUCAGUAAAGCAGCACUAGGUGCCUUUAUAUGCAGAGUACAAAGUGAUCUCUUUAAUAUUCUUCUUGCCAACAUUUCUCCUUAUCCAGUUGGUCGGCAGCUUGUUCCUUUGUCAGAGCUUUCUAGAGCCAAAAGGUUGCCAGCCAAAAUAUAUCCAAAUUCGUGUUGCCAAAAUAAAAUGCAAGAAAAGGUUAUUUAUAUAUCCCCACUUCCACUAUGUAAGACCAUGUGCGCCUUAUAGAAUCAGAAAAAAGUCCAAUAGUAACUGCCAUUUAGCGUAAUUAUUGGAAAACACCUACUUUAAUAACAAACUUGAUUGAAUAUUGAAUUUAGUAGAUAUUUGAUACAGCUGACAGUUUAUGGAUAUUUAAAUCCUAAAACUAUGUAACGAGAAUUUGCUAUUGCAAUGUAAAUUGCAUAACUUUUAUUCAGUAUAAUAUACAGGGUCGAAGGGACAACGUGGCUUUAAACUCAAGCCUUUAGCUUCAAUACAAUUCUGAAUUCCUCAGUUCUUACAUUUUAAAGUUGCUUUUAUAUGAAAGUCGUAUAUCCUACCUAAAUAUUUAUAUACUUAUAUCAAAAUAACCUUUCGACUUAGGCCCUAGAAAUUCAUCAUAUCUAAGAUAGGAAGAAAUAAGUGGAAUAAAGGUUUAGGAUACGAAUGAAAUAUUUAAUUAAUUGAAAGUCGGCGAUGCAGCUUGUAGAAGCUGUACUUGUAUAGGGACAAAAGUCCAUCAUGUUAAAUGUCUCCUUCAUUUGAAGUACUUUUAGUCUUGUGUAUGUUAUCAAUGUCGACUACUGACAGACAGAAAUAAUCCCUAAGGACUUGCCUCUGAGCAGGUUUUAAUAUUUGUCAUAGUUUUUAUACUUUUGUCAUUGUAAAGACUUUUCGGUAUCAUCGAUGUACGAAGAGAUGAACCUUUCUAUGUGAAGUGAUUAGCGUAUCGCUAUCUCUGUCAUUCUUAUUUGUUAGUCACGUUCUCUGCUCAGUCCGUGGUACACCAAAAGUUAUAAUCGUGUUAAGCAAUUCUGUGUUCUUCAAGAUAUAGCACUUUGGUGUUGUGUUGACUCUGUAAAUGUAAGACAGUGUUAGCCGAGAGUCGUGUGAUUGUGUAUAUUAUGGAAUUGAGUUGUUUUCAUGUUUCAUUGUUUCGCGUAAUUUUAUACAUUUAAUGUUAGGUUCUUGUUGGGUCUCGAUCGUGUAGGUGAUUUUGGGCGAUAUGGAUAAUGCGGUAGAUGUAACAAGAUCGUAAUUGAAUGACACGUGCUAUGAAAGAAGCGGCAAGUCCGAAUUCUAAUGAAAUAUUUAUUUAAAGUAUUUAACACUUAACUUAUUUUGAAAAGAUCAAUAUUUUAUUGCUUCUUUGUAUUUAUUAUGUUAGUCUUAACUCGACAAUGUGUAUUCAUAUCGCUCUCAAUUCGAAUAUUAGGUCCUAACUAGCAAUAAUAUCGGACCCGACUUAGUUGGCAUUUAUAUUACAUAAGCGUGUAUGUAUAUUGGUGAGUUCCAAGCGCCUGCCAGGGCAGUAUGCAUCUAGUAAAUAUAAUAAUAUAUAUCAUGUUGUUUGUUCACAAAUAUUAUGAUCAGAUGUAAAGGUUAUCGUUAGGAGCAGCAUUAUUUUUUUAAAACAAUGUCUUGUAAAUAAGCGUAUGUCCUAAAAUAUAUUGCGUUUUCCAACAACGUAUCUUCCAUGAAUUAGUUGAUGUGUAUAUAAAAUAGAAUAUAUUUCCCUGCAUUUUAAAAACAAUAUUGUUUCUCGUGUCAAGAAAGCGAAGGUUUGCACUGGAAACUUGCUACUAUUUAUAUAUAUAAAUGUACUGAUAAAUAAAAUAAAUACAUGUGUCUUAGAUGAAUCUAGCUUCAGUUUAGCUAUUGUACAUAAUAAAAUAUAUAAAUAUGACAUUAACCCGUAUGACUGUAUAAAAUAUGUUAGACGUAGUUGACAUAUGGUGUAAAUUUUCGCUUGUCUUGACCCAGGUAUCGGCUGCAAGGUCGCCGACUGAAAGACUAAGUUUCCUUGUAUUAUACUAGAUGUAAGACCGCGAUGUCCAUCGUGAAUAAUCCGGAGUUUCGGAGAUAAUCGUCGUUUUUUAUACUUUGUAUGGUGUGCUUAUGGUACAAUUUGAUCUUAUCGUUUGUAAAAAUUAUGUGGAUAGCUGGUCAUUCAAGUUUUUUGAAGAAUUGAGAUGUAAAUGUUCUUGUAACUUUGUUUGGAUCUCCGUCCAGAGAAACAUAAGUAUUAUGUGAUGUAUGGACGGAAUUAAAUAUCUCUUUUGGAACUGUGUAUUUAUAAACAGUUGGGAAUAUAAUUAAUCAAUUUUUCGGAUCAGUUUCUUUAAGAGCUGUCCUCUGGUAAUGUUUUGUUUUAAAGUAAGACUGAAGUAGGGCGGGAACAGACGAUUGUCUGUCACUGUAACUCUGGAUUGUUGUUAUCACAUUUUAUGAUAAUAAUAAUUGUAAAAAUGUACCUAAUGUUUUUUUUAAAUAAUUAUACUACGAUGAAAUAUGA